AGAUUCUGCGUGUAGUUGAAGAUAUAUUGUAAUGUUAAAGUGUAUGGGAGUGUUUGCUUUAAACGUAAUUAAUCUUUUAAUUCUUCUUAUUAAUCUGACUGGUUUCUGUAAUAUCAUUAGUCGUCCGGGAAAUAAUUCGGCAGUGAUCUCAAUGUCAAUACCGGUAGAUGUCCAGCACAACUGCGAUUAUAUUCACACAAAAGGCCGCACAAAGAAAAUGAAGAUCGUCCUGGUCACGAGCAUGCUGUUUGCGACAUUAGUUGGAAACGGGCAAUGCGAUUCAAGCAACUGUCAAGGAGAGGAAACAAACUUCACGCGACCAAUUAAGGUAUUAGAAGCAGAGAGGCGAACAACUACAAUGUACAGAAUGGAAAAGAGAACACCGGAUUGCUCGCGUUGGAACAAAUUUUGGAAUUGGCUGACGGAAAAAUGUGAUAUACAGAACAUAGUCGUCUCAUAUUCUCACGUGUAUUAUAUAAACGUCACCAAAACAGAUUAUGUUGUUGAAUGUUGCCCUGGACACACUAAUACGAGUGGUUACUGCAUACAAGGAUGUGGCAUAGGAACGUAUGGACCAAAUUGUACCUUUAACUGUAGCUGUGUUAACAUUUACGCCUUAAAUCGAUGCGAUCGAGAUACAGGCUACUGCCUUUGUUCUCCUGGAUACUACGGUCAUAACUGUACAAAUGAAUGUGGUCACGGAUAUUACGGGUCCAAUUGCAGUUAUAGAUGCAUAUGUGACAAUAACGCAACAUGUGAUAAACAGAACGGCAAGUGUAAUUGUACUGAAACGCCUGGGUGGACAGGAACCGCGUGCGAAAAAAAGUGCAAUAACGACACAUUCGGGCGUGAUUGUGCCGAUAACUGCACGUGCAAUGAGAACCAGACAUGUGACCAUGUAAAUGGCACAUGCACUUGCAAAGAAGGACACACCGGACAGAACUGCUCUGAAGAAUGUGCAAACAUGACGUAUGGAGCGGAUUGCACCGAAAAAUGCAAGUGUCAGAAAAAUACCACAAAGUCAUGUGACCGGAUGAAUGGGACAUGCACAUGCAACCCUGGUUACAACGGCAUUUUUUGUAUGCAGGAAUGUGACCCUGGGUAUUAUGGCAACAAUUGCAGUAUGAAUUGCAGCGACAAUUGUAUCGGGACACAUUACUGUCACCACGAGACUGGAGAAUGUAUUUGUCUGGGAAAGAAAGGAAAAAACUGCACUGAAGAAUGUGGACACGGAUAUUACGGGUCCAAUUGCAGUUAUAGAUGCAUAUGUGACAAUAACGCAACAUGUGAUAAACAGAACGGCAAGUGUAAUUGUACUGAAACGCCUGGGUGGACAGGAACCGCGUGCGAAAAAAAAUGCAUUAACGACACAUUCGGGCGUGAUUGUGUCGAUAACUGCACGUGCAAUGAGAACCAGACAUGUGACCAUGUAAAUGGCACAUGCACUUGCAAAGAAGGACACACCGGACAGAACUGCUCUGAAGAGAUACAGAAAUAAACGGCUUGAAUGAUGUCAAUAGCUGGAUGGAUAAAUGAUUAAAACUUACAGUUUCGCCGGGUAAUGUGCAAACAUGACGUAUGGAGCGGAUUGCACCGAAAAAUGCAAGUGUCAGAAAAAUACCACAAAGUCAUGUGACCGGAUGAAUGGGACAUGCACAUGCAACCCUGGUUACU